GCUGUCCCUUCGCGACCAUAGCAUACCUAUCCGAUAUCGACGCAUUGCACGCCAUGCCCCCCGUCCCCGCGGCCCAUUGUUGAUCUGCGCGCUGCCUGCCGACCGAGGAGCCACGUCUUGUUGCGCGCGACGUCUUGCGCCUGCCGUUCCGCUUCUCUGUAGAGUACUUGCAUAUACCCUUUGACGUACCGUAAUCUUGCAUAAUGGACCACGAAGACGGGCCCAACUUCUCCUACGCGUACGGCGACCGGCGGCCCUCGACCCCGGCGGCGUCGUGGAACCCCGCCCUGCGGCCCCACGCCCAGCAGCCGCCCGCAGCCGCAGCAAUGGCAGCAACACCACCGCCCGCAGCAGCAGCGACAGCAGCAGACCCACCGACAGCACCAGCCCCGGCUCCAGCACACGCACCAGCACCGCCAGUAGCAGCAGCACCGCCACCGCCCGCCCCGCAAAUACCCGCACAGUCCGAGGAGGAAGAGUCGGAAGAAGAAGAAGAGGAGGCGGAAGAGUCCGAGGAGGAGGAGGAGGAGGAAGAGGAGGAAGACGAUGAUGAGGAGGAUGAGGAUGAGGAAGAGGUUCUGCCGGCUCCAGCCAGCGUGUCCGCGCCCGCGCCUGUAGCUGUGGCGCCCGCUGCUCCUGUAGCCCCGCCUGCACCUGCGCCUGCACCCGUAGCUGUGGCUCCUGUGGCUCCUGUGGCUUCCACCCCGCCUGCACCUGCGCCUGCGCCUGCGUCUACGCCUGCGCCUGCACCCGCCCCUGCGCCCGUCUCCUCGAGUGAAGACACAUCCGAGGACGACGAAGAAGAGGAAGAAGAGGACUCAGAAGACGACGAGGAUGACGAGCCAACAGCGACCGCCACCCAGAGCGCCGUUUUCCCACCCCAGCCGGAGACGCCACUGCAGGCCAAUGCCCCCGCAGAUGCCCUAAGCGGCCUCCAUAUCCAUGGCCAGACUCCCACCCACGUCGGUCGCGGUCCAGCCGAGCCAUCCGAGUCCGAAGAGGACAGCUCUGAGGAGGAAGAAGAGUCUUCUGACGAAGAGCCUGCCCCGCAACCUGCGCCUCAACCUGUGCCUCAACCUACGUCGCAACCUACGCUCCAACCUACGCCGCAGGCUGCGCCCCAGGAACGCCCCGCUGAGAACUACGAGCACCAGGGAGAGUCCACCAUUCUGGAGGAUGCCGUCGUCGAGAGCGCGAGCGUCCCGCUGGUUGAGGACACCGAAGCUGCUGCAGAUGACUGGGCUGCUUCAGGCGACGAUCCUUUCGACCUCGGCGCACUUGCGCAGGAGCUGCCGCUCGAGACUCCGCCUGCAGAAGCAGUAGGGACCACUGUUGGCGAUGAAAUGAUUGCCAACACCUCGGUUGGAGGCAAUGCUGGAGACGAGCUCGACUGGGGCAAUACCGACGAGCAGGCAGAGGACUUCUUCGGAGCUGCAUCUCAAACAGUUCAGCCCGCGCAGCCACUGCCCGAGACACCCGGGGCCCAUGUUACGCAUGACCCAGAGGCCGCGCCAGCAGCCCAAGAUGAGUGGGACCUUGACCUCGACGACCUCGAGCUCGAUGAUGAAUUCCUGCCAGACGCCGAGGAUACCCUCGCACUGGAACUGGACGACGACGUUGGCUUCUUGGAAGACGAGCCUGAGGCUCCCGCUCAGCCGCCUGCACCCGCAUCAAGAUCUGUAUCAGGGACCGCAAACCGAUAUGCACCAGCGCAGGCCGCAGCUGCACCGGCACCGCCCGUCAACCCUUACGCCCCUACCGCUCAAUUCACCAACCUGGCCCCAGCCGCUCAACAGACGCCUGCAGCUUCUACAGGCACUCUCUACAACGGCUUUGGCCAGCCCAUUUCGCACCAGCAGCCAGCCCGACCUGCAAUGGCAAGUUCAGGACAGAGUUUUGCCGACAAGUCGAAAGGAGGCUAUGCAUCGCCUUAUGACUUACCAGACGAGAUUGUCACCACCCGGAGACGAGCAGCACCUCGCCCCACAGUCCCAGCCGCGCAGCCGACUCCACCUCCGCCACCACGAAGCAGUAGCAUAGUCUCCAGCCCAGGGCUCUCAAGGCCUUCGCUUCCACCACCCAGCGCUACCAUUGCAGGCAUGUCCCCCCCGGCUUCGAAUCAGUCAAUGCAGUCUAUGACAGGACUACCGCCCGCGGCACCCCCCAAACCUGCAGUCCCUGCGCGAGCAGCAUCUUCGGAUUUCUUUGCCGAGUUGCCGGUGACUACGAAGCCGAAGAAGCCGUCAGGGCGCUACACGCCUCAGCCACACGAGCAGGCUCAACCACAGCUCCAACAUGGACCUCCGCAGAUUCCCCACGGACCUCCACAGGCUGCUCAUGGCCCACCGCAAGCCGCUCAUGGCCCACCGCAAGCCGCUCAUGGACCGCCGCAAGCUGCUCAGAGCCCACCGCAAUACCAUCCGAAGGAACGAGCGCCCUCGUGGUCGGGUCUGCGUAACGAAGUCCUUCCAGAUUCCGGGAGCGCUCCAGGUCCAGUCCCUUUUAGGCAACCUGAGCAACUACCCAUGUUUCCCGCGCAACCUUCGGUGAAUGCAAGAGCGAACAGCUUGCCGGUCCCACCGCAGGCUCCCCCACAAUCGUCGAGAUACUCUCCCGCGCCUCCAUCAGCAGCACCAGCAAACGCUCGAUACUCGCCCGCGCCACCACCCGCACCGGGUGCUUCUUCGAGGUACUCGCCUGCUCCACCCAACGCACAAGGACAGGCCCAUGCGCGUUACGGAUCCGACCCACCUGCUGGCCCGCCACGACCAGCCUCCCAGCCAUAUGCGCCGCGAACCUCUAGCCCACUUGCGUUCCCUUCGCCGCGUCAACAAGAACAUUUCCCGCAGGCAGAAGCGUCAUUCGAUCCUGCUGCAGGCCAUCAUAUGUCGCAUUCUUUAGAAAACGCUCCACGAGCUCCUUUCAGGAGCCCGCUGGAAGGUGUCAGCGAGGUUGAGGAACGGGCAACAGCUCCCAUGUCCCAUCCACCCGCUGCCAGAUCUAGCACGCCACCUCUACGGAGUCAUCCGUCUUCCAACGUUGGCUCGCCCAGGAAGGCAGGGAAUUACACGCCGCAGUACCAGCCAUCGCCUCCUCGAUCAGAGACACUAUCACCAGCAGCCUCCAUGAAGCCCAUCACACGGACAAUGACUGCACCGUCGGAGUAUCAGGGUUCUAUUGCAGGGUUAAUGUCGCCGCCUGCUCCUGCAUACAACUCGCAGCCGGUUGCCCGAAAACCCAUGAACAGUAUCCCUCACCGGAGACAGGCAUCGCUGAGCCUGGAGUAUGAAAGCAUACAACCUGCAGAUGAACGUGCUGCCGAUCCGCUGCAACAGUGGAAAGGUACGCCCAUCUUCACAUGGGGUCUAGGAGGCACAGUGGUUACUACGUUCCCGAAAGAGAUCCCCCGCUAUGGUGGAGGCAACUCGGCGCCGAUGGUCAAGCGCAGCCCCGGCGAGGUCAGGAUACAGAGCGUCAAGGAUAUUCUACCCGAGUCGGAGGAUUUCACCAAAUUCCCGGGUCCACUCAAAUCGAAGGGCAAGAAGAAGGACGUUGUUGCCUGGCUCAGCCGCACGCUCGAAGCUCUUGAAAGCCAACGGAAAGAACCUGGGUUCGAACACUCUCUGACCGAGGACGAGCACAAGCGCUUCGGGGACAAGUACCUUCUCUGGGAGGUGUUGAGAGUAAUGGUAGAGAACGAUGGACGGCUGGAAGGCCCUACUGCAGAGGCUGCUAUCAAGAAGGCGUUUGCACCCGAGGAGGGUGAUGCAGCAGAUGCUGAAGGCUCCUUCUCAACGACAGCCGACCAUGUCGGUCGUUCAAGAGCCAACACCUUGCAGGCAGAGCCUGUUGAUCCGCGCGCCAUCGAGGACCUCCAGAAGCUGCUCACCAAGGGCGAUCGCGAGAAGGCAGUCUGGCAUGCAGUCGACCAGCGACUCUGGGGCCACGCCAUGCUUCUGUCAUCCACUCUGACCAAGGACCUUUGGAAGCAAGUCGUCCAGGAGUUCGUCCGCAAGGAGGUGAAGAAGAUCGGCGGGAAUAACCAAGCUCUUGCGGUGCUGUAUGAGGUAUUCGCAGGCAACCACGAGGAUUGUAUUGAUGAGCUUGUACCGGCCUCGGCUCGUGCUGGCUUCCAAAUGGUCAGCACAGACGGUGCGGGCGCCACACAAAACGCGCUGCAGAGCCUCGACAAAUGGCGCGAGACUGUUGCGCUGAUCCUGAACAACCGAAGUGACGGCGAUGCUGCGGCUCUGGUGUCACUUGGCCGACUUCUGGCACAGUACAAGCGCAUUGAGGCUGCCCACGUCUGCUUCAUCUUUGCGCGCGCUGUAGCACUCAUCAACGGGCCAGACGAUCCGCAGGCCGACAUCGUCCUGGUUGGUGCAAACCACAAGCAAAACCCGCUUGAGCUCGGAAUCGAGAUGGAGCCGGUCUUGCUGACUGAGGUGUACGAAUUUGCUCUGUCGCUAUCAGCCCCGACAGGUUCUUUCGUGUUACCUCACCUACAGUCCUACAAGCUUGCGCACGCCCAGCGUCUGGCUGAGUACGGAUACAGGACGGAGGCACAGGCGUACUGCGAUGCUAUCGCUGCGAGCAUGAAGGCGACCACUAAGACGUCUCUGUACUACAACACCAGCUUCCUCGGAAGCUUGGACGAACUGAGUCGACGCUUAUCUCAGUCUCCAAAGGACGGCUCGUCUUCGUGGAUCUCGAAGCCAAGCAUGGACAAGGUCAGCAGCUCUCUGCUCUCCAAGUUCAACAGCUUUAUUGCGGGAGACGAUGACGAGGCUUCUGGUAGCCCGUCCGCGGGUGCAGAAGUUGGUCCCUUUGCCAAGAUUGCUGGUAACAGCCCGGGCAUCACACCUUCUCAGUCGAGUGCAGACUUGUAUGGCGCAUACGCCGGCUAUGGAGCACCUCCAGUUCAGCCUGCAGCCCCUUCGAAUUCACGAUACGCCCCUUCAAACGCUUCCAGCUCAUACGCGCCACGGGUCUCAUCUGAGCAGCAGCGUUCGCGAUACGAGCCUGAGGGGCGACCGUCUAUGGAUUCUGUCCGUUCGGUCUCCGACACCUAUAUGCCUUCGUCGCAGCCGUCCAGUCCAUACAUGCCAGGCCAGGCCAUGCUCAGCCCAACUAGCCAGCGUUUGAUGGGUAAGACCCAGUCAUAUUCUCCGCUCCGCCCCGAGCCCAACACGGCUCUGUCAUACGGCAGCUCCUACAUGCCGACCCCACCUGCCGAGGAAUCUGUUUCCUCUCCAGCAUUUGGCGGGUUCCAGUCUCCUCAGGCUAGCUUCGAUGAUCCUGUUCCUGCUCCUGCUCCUACGAACGACGAGCAACCUUCGACUGGGUAUGAGCCAUCGUCAGGCUAUCAGCCGGAUACGCCGUCGUACACGCCCUAUGAACCGGAGCCCGAGGAGGAUGAAGAAGAAGUUCCACAGCCGAAGAAGAAGUCGAUCAUGGACGACGACGAUGACGACGACCUCGCUGCUCGCGCCUCGGCUCUCAAAAUCAGCAGCGGCAAGCCGAGUAGCAAGUCGAGUGGCAAGUCAGAUGCGGAUCGCGCAACAGACGAAGCUUUCCGCAAAGCAGCAGAGGAGGAUGCCAAGCGCGACAAGGAGGCUGCUGCCAACAAGAAGGGCUGGUUCGGUGGCUGGUUUAAGAAAGACCCGAACCUGGCACAACAGGGCCCAGGACCCAUCAAAGCCAAGCUCGGAGAGGACAGCAGCUUCGUCUACGACCCCGAGCUCAAGAAAUGGAUCAACAAGAAGGCCGGCGCCACCGAAACCACAAAGCCCGCCGCAACACCUCCCCCACCCCGCGCCGGACCCCCUGCCGCCAUCCGCAGCGCCUCCGGCAGCACACCCCCCAUCGGCCCCGGCCCGCCCUCCGCCGGCCUCCGCCCCCCUACCUCCAUGGCCCGCAGCUCCUCUAUGCCCCCGCCCAUGGGCGCCCCCUCGCGCGCCAGCACCCCCGGCGUGCCCUCGGACUCGGAGGGCCCGCCGAAACCCGCCCAGGCCCGCCCGCCGCUGGCCUCGGGCCCGCCAUCCCGGCCUGGCACCAGCAUGAGCAAUGCCAGCAGCAUCGACGAUUUGCUGGGCGCGGCGCAGCCGCGGAAAGGCGCUGCGGCGAAGAAGAAGAAGGGGGGGCGGUAUAUUGAUGUCAUGGCGCAGGGGAAUUGA